UAACAAGUGGUGCCAGUUGUGUGGAUCAGAACAACGUACUUCAGAUUCGCUAUGGAUGAAUAAUUUUGAACAGCAUUUCAGAAACAGUAUCGAGCAUGAUCAACAUCAUUAUACUUUUGGAAAAAACACAUAUUGUUUUAGUGAAACUUCAGAAGACGAUGUUAAUCACAUAAUUGCGGCCUUGGUAGUACAAAUGCGACAAGUUCCCGCCCCCCCAAAUUAA